AUGGCCGAGCAACUACAAGAAACUGAUCCAAUAAGUUAUGUGGUGGUUGAAGCUAUUUGUCAAUUAUUUAACAACAUAGAAACAAACAAUAUACCCAUCAGUGAAUUAGAAAUUGAAGCUAGGCUAGGUUUCAUUAAGGACUAUUUUUCCAAUUCGCGAUUAAAGCUUCCGACAAAAACCGAAGUGCUAAUCAAUGAUGAAAAAAAUCAAGAACACCGAACUAUUUUUGAAGGUUCCAUUCCGUAUAAUUCAGCAAAAUUACUAGCAAGUUAUUUUGUGACAAAUUUUGGUCUACCAAAUAAUGCGUUUGAUUUUAUGAUAGAAGAAGAAACAAACGAAGCUUUGUCUAAAAUCUUUCCUCACACUUAUUCAAAAACUGGAGGUUCAUUUGUUGAUGAAAAUCCUCAAUAUAAAAAAUUUGAAAAUGCAAGAAGAGUAGCAAUAAGUGAAGAAUGCGGCAUCGAAGAAGAAGAUUUUGUUUAUCCGGUAUAUAGGAAAACUGAGCAAGAACGAAUAGAGCUUGAGAAACUAAUUUUAAAUACAUUUCCAUGCAAUACUGUAACUGCUGAUAAAAGAGAUAUAUUAAUUGAUGCGUUUGAGUCAAUUAAUUUUAAAAAAGAUGAUGUGCUGAUGAAAGAAGGUGAUUAUGGAGAUGCAUUAUUUAUUAUAGCAGAGGGAGAAGUCAGUGUUUUUAAAAAUAUCGAUGGUGAAAACAAACUUGUAAACAAGAUGUUUAAAGACAGCAUUGUAGGUGAACUUGCAUUACUAUAUUCUUCCCCUAGAUUAGCUACAGUUAUUGCAAGUGAAAAUACCAGAUGCUGGAAAUUGGAGAGACCUGUAUUCCGUAAGUUGGUUAGGGAGUCAGUGGUAGAAAAAAAUAAAAAAUAUAUGGAAUAUCUUAACAAAAUUGAGUUACUUCAGCAUCUUGAUAUAUCGAAAAAAAUGCAGUUGACAGAUGUAUUGCACGAAGUAUUCUUUGAACCUAAUGCAAUUAUUAUAAAGGAAGGUGACGUUGGAGAUAAAAUAUAUAUGCUUAUUAAAGGCAAAGCUAAAGCCCUCCGUCACGAAAACGGAAAAGAAGUUUUGUUGAAAGUAUAUAAUGAUUAUGCAUAUUUCGGAGAACUAGCGUUAUUGAACAACGAAAAAAGAAAGGCAACAGUUAUAGCUGUCACCAAAUGUCAUUCUGAAGAAUGCAAACUUGGAGUGGUUCUUUUUGGAGACUUCAACGCAAUCUAUAAUGAGAACGAUUCUAACAGUGAUCAUGAAGAACUAGAACUAUUCAAAAUAUUAAUAGCAGAAACUGGAGUUGUUGAUGUUUUUGCAGAUAUUGACGCGUUUACAUUUUGGUUGCUUAGUGAAAACAAUAGAAUUAAUAACAUCGGUAGUCGCUUAGACUAUAUUUUUUAUAAAUCCACAGAAAAACAAAAAAUUAAAGUUAUAAGUAAAGAACAACGUCAAUAUAAUGGAUAUCUAAAUUGUCGGGUCUGCCUAAGAAAUUAUUAG